AUGACAAUGGAUUACUUGCUGUGGGUGUGCAGCCUCAUUGUCCCCGUGGUGCUGGCUGUAGAAGAAACCCUUAUGGACAGUCGGUGGGCAACCACAGAGCUGGCUUGGACUACGUUCCCAGAGAGUGGGUGGGAGGAGGUUAGCGGCUACGACGACUCCAUGAGCCCAAUCAGAACCUACCAGGUGUGUAAUGUUCGACAGCCCAACCAGAACAACUGGCUCAGGACGGAUUUUAUCCCCCGCAAGGGCGUGCUGCGGGUCUACGUGGAGCUCAAGUUCUCUGUCCGUGACUGCGCCAGCAUCCCCAACAUCCCCGGCUCCUGCAAAGAGACCUUUAAUCUGUUCUACUACGAGUCAGAGGGGGACACAGCCACAGACACCAGCCCUCUGUGGAGGGAGAACCCGUAUGUGAAGGUGGACACUAUCGCCCCAGACGAGAGCUUCUCUCUGCUGGAGGCAGGCAGGAUCAACACCAAAGUGCGCAGCUUUGGCCCCCUCUCCAAGGCAGGUUUCUACCUGGCGUUCCAGGACCUCGGUGCCUGCAUGUCGCUCAUCUCAGUCAGGGUUUUCUUCAAGAAGUGCUCCACCACAAUCGCCAAUUUCGCUGUCUUCCCCGAGACCGCCACAGGGGCAGAAGCCACCUCCUUAGUGAUCGCUCCGGGGGCCUGUGUGACCAACGCUAUGGAGGUGUCCGUCCCUCUGAAGCUGUACUGCAACGGGGACGGCGAGUGGAUGGUUCCUGUGGGCUCGUGCACCUGCGUCGCCGGCUUUGAACCUUCUGCAGAUGGCACUCAGUGCCAGGCCUGCAUCCCUGGGACCUUCAAAUCCAAAUUUGGGGAGGGUUCCUGUGCUCCCUGCCCGUCCAACAGUCGCACCAGUGCACGGGGAGCCAAUAUUUGUCCCUGCCAGAACGGUUUCUACCGUGCUGACAGCGACCCCCCUGACUCCGGCUGCACCACGAUCCCCUCGGCGCCUCGCAACGUUAUAUCCAGCGUGAACGAGACCUCGCUGUCCUUGGAGUGGGAGGAGCCCGAGGACACGGGCGGCAGGAGCGACCUCGUCUACAACGUCGUGUGCAAGAAAUGCCUGCGAGACCGCAGCCCCUGCACGCGCUGCGACGACAACGUGGACAUCGCUCCUCGCAGGUUGGGCCUGAGGCAGAGGAAGGUGGUGGUGAGGAAUCUGCAGGCCCACACCCGCUACAGCUUCGAGGUGCAGGCCGUCAACGGGGUUUCUGGGAAAAACCCCACCUCACCCAGCUACUCCACAGUCAACAUCACCACCAACCAAGCCGCACCUUCAGCAGUGCCCACCGUCCAUCUGAUGCGCUCCACCUCAGACACUCUCAGCCUGUCGUGGCUGCCCCCCGAGAAACCCAACGGGGUCAUCCUCGACUACGAGAUUAAAUACCAUGAGAGGGGCCAGGCGAUGUCACACACCGUCACAUCCCAGCACAGCUCGGCCAAGGUGGAGGGGCUGAGGGCUGCCACCCCCUACGUGGUGCAGGUCAGAGCUCGCACCGUUGCUGGAUACGGACGCUACAGCAACCCCAUGGACUUCAGCACCAGUCUUCACAGUGACCCUCAGAAGUCGGUGCAGGACCAGCUGCCUCUCAUCAUCGGCUCGGCCUCCGCCGGUCUGGUGGUCAUUGUUGCCUUGGUGGUUAUCGCUGUUGUAUGCCUUAAGAAGCAGCGCAGCGGCUCAGAGCUGGAGUACACUGAGAAGCUGCAGCAAUACAUUUCUCCAGGGGUCAAAGUGUACAUCGACCCUUUCACCUACGAGGACCCCAACGACGCCGUCCACGAGUUUGCCAAAGAGAUAGACAUCUCCUGCGUGAAAAUAGAAGAAGUCAUCGGUGCAGGUGAAUUUGGCGAGGUGUGCCGCGGACGUCUCAAGCAGGCCGGGCGCAGGGAGAUGGUUGUGGCCAUCAAGACUCUGAAAGCCGGCUACACCGAGCGCCAGAGGCGGGACUUCCUCGCCGAGGCCUCGAUCAUGGGCCAGUUUGACCACCCUAACGUGAUCCGGCUGGAGGGCGUCCUGACGCGCAGCUGCCCCGUCCUCAUCAUCACCGAAUUCAUGGAGAACGGAGCGCUCGAUUCCUUCCUCAGGCUGAACGACGGGCGCUUCACAAUGACGCAGCUGGUCGGGAUGCUGCGUGGCAUCGCUGCAGGGAUGAAGUACCUGUCAGACAUGAACUACGUCCACCGAGACCUCGCCGCCCGGAAUAUCCUGGUUAACAGCAACUUGGUCUGCAAGGUCUCUGACUUUGGCCUGUCACGCUUUCUGGACGACACUUCCGCUGACCCCACUUACACAAGCUCCCUGGGAGGGAAGAUUCCCAUCCGGUGGACAGCGCCGGAGGCCAUCGCCUUCAGGAAGUUCACCUCGGCCAGUGAUGUGUGGAGUUACGGCAUCGUCAUGUGGGAGGUGGUGUCCUAUGGAGAGAGGCCAUACUGGGACAUGAGCAACCAGGAUGUGAUGACAGCAGUAGAGCAGGACUACCGGCUGCCCCCGCCCAUGGACUGUCCCAUGGUGCUGCACCAGCUGAUGCUCGAGUGCUGGAUGAAGGAGAGAAACCUGAGGCCCAAGUUCUCCCGCAUCGUCAGCACCCUGGACAAACUGCUCCGCAACGCCGCCAGCCUCAAGGUGGUGACCAGCACCUACUCAGGGGACCUGCUGCGGCUUGGAGGGACGCUGCCGGGACACAACAGGAAGAGUCCGGACAGCAGUCAGGAAAUCGUUCGGCAACAGAUGAGCCAAACUCUCCCCAUCAGAGUGUGA